CUGUGGCCAGUGCAUCAUACACCAGAUACACCGCGCGUACCGACCGUCUACACCCGGACGGAGAGCCACGACCUCCAAGCUGCAAGCGACCCGACGAAGCGCAGAUUGCACCAGCUACGCUGAACUCGAGCACUCACCACCAGUCACCUGCUCAUUGUAUGUACGUGUAAGACCAUCUACGUUACCGUUAGGACGCAUGGCUUUAUGCGCCAGCGAAUAGCAGCAGAAAAAGUCGCCAGGCAGAAUAAAUUUUGCAGCCGCAGACGAGUCUCGGCUCAUCAGAUCACCUCCAUCGAGCAGAAGGUUACACAAUUAUUUUUUAGUAUUUAUCCCGUAGGUAUAGCCUAUAGGUGAAGCGUGGUGCAGCAACUAGCCAACCUGGGUGGGGACUACUUGCAGCGUGAUCGACGAACGUAGCGACCCAGACAGGGCAAAGGAGAGUGGCACGGAGUCAGACGCUGCGAUCGCCAUGGCCAAUCCGCUGAGGCAAUGGCGAAAUCCUGAAGAUCCGACGACGGAGGGAACUCAGAGUCAGCUGGACUUCGCCGAUGGCGGAGUGGCGAGUCCUGCUCAGCUGUCGGAGCAAGGGGGCCCGCCCUCAGCAGCAUCGGCAACGACGACAAAUAGCGAACCCCAGGUUGUACUAACGGAGUCGGACUCAAACGCUAGAAUCAAUGCAUCUCGCGAGAGCGGCGUUCCCUAUCUUGAGAUCGAGGAGCAGCCGAAAGAGCGCGGAUUCCGAUUUCGCUACCAAUGCGAGGGACCGUCUCAUGGAGGCUUACCCGGUGCUAGCUCGGACCAGGCGACGAAGCGGCGCACGCACCCUACGGUCCGACUACACAACCACAACGGCAUUGGCGAUAGGUGCAGGGUCGUAGUGUCGCUAAUCUGCGCCGAUGAUCCGCUAAGACCACACGCUCACUCGCUAGUGGGCCGCAGCGUGUACAGUGGUCAGUGCGUAGUGGAGAUGGGCAAAGACACGGACUGGCGGGCGACGUUCCCCAAUCUUGGUAUACUGCACGUGACAAAAAAGAACGUUGCACGAGUGUUGGUGGAGCGGUAUGCGCUGGCUUUGGUUGGCGGCCAGGACGAUGACUCUGCUCAGUUUGGCGAGCCGCAGGCGAACGAGGAAUUGGCCGGCGGGCGAGCGGCCUUGGACAGGCUCCCGCGCUCCGACGUGCAGAAGAUCACAGAGCUGGCGGAAGAGCAGUCGAGGACAAUGAAGCUGAACGCCGUGCGCCUGUGCUUCCAGGCGUUCCUGCAGGACAAGAGCGGGGAGUUCACCACGCCGCUGCCGCCGUGCAUCUCCGUCGUCAUCCACGACAGCAAGGCACCGUCGGCCGCCGCGCUGAAGAUCUGUCGCCUGGACCGGCACUCUGGGCGAGUGGAGGGCGGCGACGAGGUCUACCUGCUGUGCGACCGCGUGCAGAAGGACGACAUCAGCGUCAAGUUCUUCGAGGUGAACAAGGACGGCGCCGUCACCUGGGAGAAGGACGGCGUGUUUGCGCCGUCCGACGUGCACCGGCAGUUUGCCAUCGUGUUCAAAACGCCGCCAUACCGCUACCAGCACAUCAACUCGCCGGUGAGCUGCUGGGUGAGGCUGCAGCGCAAGUCGGACGACGAGCACAGCGAGCCCAAGCCGUUCACGUACCAGCCGAAGGCCGUGGACGAGGAGAGGAUUGGACGCAAGCGCAAGAAGCCGCUGGCGCCGUACCAGACGCACUACGGCGGAAUGUUUGGCGGUCCGCCAUCCGGUCCUCCGGGCCCAAGCGGCGGCGGCGGGGCUGGCGGCGGGGGACUGCUGCCCGGUGGCUUUGGUGAUGGCCUGGGGCUAGGUGAUGGCGGCAUGGGCGGUGGUGGACUAGGGGGCAUUGGCAACUGGGGUGAGUUGGACUUGGGCGCUGGCGAUCUGCUGGGAGGAUCGGCGUAUGGAUUCUCAGCAGCACGCACAGCUGCCAGCGAUGCAGUUGCUACUCCUGGUAGCCAACGACAGCAACCUAGGCAGCAGCAACAGCAGCAACAGCAGCAGCAACAACAGCAACAGCAGCAACAACAACAGCAGCAGCAACAGGACUCCUCCAGCCGUGAGCCGGGCAAGACAGAGCCCAUGACGGGUAUUCUGGAAGAGGUGGAGAAGGCGCUCGGUGCCCACCUUGACCAGCAUCUGCAAGAAGAGGAGCACAUGCAAACCGCCAAGUCACCGCUGCAGCACCCUGCCGCCGUGGCAGAUGUACAGCAAAACCAGUUAGCAAGGCAACAACAGCAACUGCUGUUAAUGAAGCAACAACAGCAGCAGCAACAACAGCAGCAGCAGCAGCAGCAGCAGCAACAGCCACAACAGAGAGCAGAUCAAAGCACAGCUAGUACGGCAGCGCAGGCAGCGCAGGCAGCUGGCCAGAGGGACCCGUCAGCAGCAGCCGUGCAGAAGCAACGGGUGUUGGAUGCGCAAGUGGCUCACCUUUCAACGGCAUUCCAGAACUAUGCCACGACUGGCGAUGCACGUUAUCUGCUCGCCACACAGCGUGGAUUUGCCGGCACGCCCAAUGAGAAUGGUGACACUGCAUUGCACCUGGCUGUUAUCCGUCAACAGCCGCAGGUUCUGGCUCAUCUUGUGGACGUCCUGGACGGCUUGCCCAAGGGCUUGAUCGACGCGCCGAACCGCCUGAGGCAGUCCCCGCUCCACCUUGCCGUCAUCACCAAGCAGGCACAGCUAGUGUCACGACUGGUCCGCGUCGGGGCCGACGUCAAGCAAGCAGAUCGUCACGGCAACAACUCUGUGCACUUGGCGUGCAAGGACGGCAGCCACGAGAUCCUCAAGGUGCUGCUGCCGCGGAAUACCGGCGGCGCGUGGCUGGAGGCGCGGAACUUCGAGGGCCUGACCGCGGCUCACCUGGCGGUGGUCAGUGACAGCAGCGACUGCCUGCACCAUCUGCGCGAGGCCGGCGCCAAUCUGAACGCGCAGGACGGCAAGAGUGGGCGCACUCCGCUGCACCACGCCAUCGAGCAGCAGCACUUGACGGUGGCGGGUUGGCUGCUGACCAGCGUGGGUGUGGACAUCGCCGCGCAGACCUACGACGGCGCCACGGCACUGCACUGGGCCGCCGGGCGCGGACUCGACGGCAUGGUGCGCCUGCUGAUGGCAGCCGGCGCCGAUCCGACGGUUAAGAACAUCGACGGAGACACGGCGCUCAGCAUGGCGCCGCCCGACAUCCUGCCCCUGCUCGCAGUGCAGGAGGUGGACAUGAGUGCCGCAAAGCAGCGGCCGGUCGGCGACCUGACCCGCCUCAGCUAUAUGACGCGGCAGAGGCUCGCCUAUCAGCUGGACCGCGACCACAGCUGGUCGACGCUGAGCGACCUGCUGGGCCUGGGAAGCCUGUCGGUCGGCUUCUCGCUGCGCCAGAGCCCCACGCAGGAGCUGCUGCUACACUACGAGCUGAACGACGGUACGGUUGAUAGCCUCAAGCAAGCGCUCGCCACCAUGGAGCGUCGCGACGCUCUGGACCUGAUUGAUCAGGCGCUCGCAGCGCCGUUGCAGCAGCAGUCCGCCGGGCCGCAGGGUGCGGCCGGAGCGUUUGCGUUUAGCCCCGGCAUAGAGGCCAGCCUGAUGCGGGAGGUGCAGGGUCUCGGGCAAAUCAAAACUUCUGCUGCCACCACGUCACCUGUUGCAAGUUGAAUAUGCCGACGUGGCUCACUCGGCCUUUCCGUCACCAAUUCAGCAUCAUGACACUGGCUGGUCCGGCGCAUCUAUUGCUGGGCAACAUUGGUGCAGGCCCCUUCGAUUUGUUCAUACAUAGUCCUUUUUUGAAUUUCAUGCUGCCUGAGUUUUGACUACAAUUUCUGUUGUUAGGUCCGUGUAUCUACGAUGAUACCUGCAUGCACAAAGCUACUGUAUAUUGUUGGGGGGGGGGGGCAUGGAGAAUCACAUGGACAAUGUUAAAUACAUCUUUCUAUAUUGUUUCACGGCGGAGGCAACGCACCGCAGCUUUGCCAGUUUUACAUUGCCACUAAGGCUUGAUGCUCGCCUUCUGCCUGCCUGUUCGCCAUCUUGCAGCGAUCCCCCGACUGAUUUGCACUUCAGUCUUCUGUACUGCCAGAGAAAGGCAUUUUCUAAGCUACCGCAUCACUUGUAUUAUAUCACCAGAGAGACCCCACCCGCCUUCUAGAUCUAGCGUUCUCUAUUUUAGUCCAUGAUGAUGUCGUAAGUUUUUUUGACGUCGUCUUUCAGCUGCGCUGUACAUUCCAGAGCUUUCCCAUUUAUACUUUGACCGCGCUGUCGGGUUUCAAAAUCGAAGUAGCAGCUCUGUA